CGCCCGUCUUCGCUCGCUCGCGAACGAUGCACAGCAAGGUCGUCAUCAUCGGCUCCGGCCCCGCCGCUCACACAGCGGCUAUCUACCUCGCGCGCGCGGAGCUCAAGCCCGUGCUGUAUGAGGGUAUGAUGGCGAACGGUAUUGCUGCUGGAGGCCAGCUUACCACCACUACCGAUGUCGAGAACUUUCCCGGUUUCCCUAACGGUAUUGGCGGCAUGGCAUUGAUGGAGGACAUGCGCAAGCAAUCCGAGCGCUUCGGCACAGAAGUCGUCUCCGAAACCGUCGCCAAGGUCGACCUCUCUUCGCGCCCAUUCAAAUACUGGCUCGAAUACGCAGAGGACGCCGAGCCCCAUACCGCCGACGCCCUGAUCAUCGCAACCGGUGCGUCAGCGCGCCGUCUCGAUCUCCCUGGAGAGGACAAGUACUGGCAGAACGGUAUCUCGGCAUGCGCAGUGUGCGAUGGUGCCGUGCCUAUCUUCCGCAACAAGCCGCUGGUCGUGAUUGGCGGUGGAGAUUCGGCUGCUGAGGAGGCGCUCUUCCUGACCAAGUACGGUAGCCAUGUUACCGUGCUGGUUCGCAAGGACUACCUGCGCGCGAGCAAGACAAUGGCGAAGAGGCUGUUGUCAAACAAGAAGGUUACUGUGCGCUUUAACAGCGUUGGUGGUGAGGUGACUGGUGAUGACCGUGGACUGAUGUCGCAUAUGAUUGUCAAGAACGUGGUGACUGGCAAGGAGGAGAAGAUGGAGGCGAACGGACUUUUCUACGCUGUUGGCCACGACCCAGCGACUGCGCUGAUCAAGGGACAGCUCGAGACGGAUGCGGAGGGUUACCUAGUGACCAAGCCAGGAACGAGUUAUACCAACAAGGUUGGCGUGUUCGCGGCUGGUGACGUCCAGGAUAAGCGCUACAGACAGGCCAUUACGAGCGCGGGAAGUGGAUGCAUCGCAGCGCUGGAGGCGGAAAAGUACAUCAGUGAGCUCGAGGAUGGAGAGCACCUCCCGUUAGAGGACGAGGAGAAGGGCGCGAAGAAGGGCGUGACCGAUGCGGCCCCAGAGUACAGGCCGAACCCGCUGUUGUAGACGACGGUGGAUGGGAUGGAUAUUGACUAGAUACAACAACAUAGACUACGCUGACUUUUUUUGGCAGCAGCGAUAAAAAUGUACAUGAUUUUAGAUCCUACCAUGGUUUCUUAUUCCACCGUACGUGCCC